AUGAUCUGAAACGAAUAAACAGGUGGUGAAUUUACAACUCAUUUCUGCCGGGAGAGAUGAGCCAACUUUGUUGACUUUUCUACAGCAAUUUUAUUCUCCCAAACGCCCGUAGCGUAGAGAAGAAAAAGAUAGAAAUUAUAUAAAUAUAAAUAUAUAAUUUUGUAAUUAGUAGAAAGAACCAUAAGAGUACAAACACACAGUGCCGUACCAAUAUAAAACUGCUCUCCCCAUCUUCAUCUUCGUCUUCCUCGUCAAUCUAGGGUUUCCUUCUGCAAAACUAAAUUCCAAAAAUCUUAAAUUCGAACCCGAAAAUGCCGAAUCAGAGCUCUCCAAUGGCUCCCCAUGUCCUAAUCUUCCCUCUCCCUCUCCAGGGCCCCCUCAAUUGCAUGCUCAACCUCGCCGAGCUCCUCUGCCUCGCCGGCGUCGGAGUCACCUUCAUCAACACCGACCACGUCCACCGCCGCCUCCUCGCCUGCAGCACCUCCGCCAAUUACUACGCCAAAUACCCCAAUCUCAAAUUCCAGACCGUCCCCGACGGCCUGCCGGAGGAAAACCCUCGGACGGCGGACCAAAUCGGGAACCUCAUCGAAUCCAUGGAAGCUGUGGCCUCGCCUAUUUUCCGGCAGAUGGUGUCGCCGGAUUCCGUCAGCUGCCUGAUCGCCGACGGGAUCUUCGCCUUCGCGGCUGAAGUUGCCGGCGACGUCGGCGUGCCGCUGCUGUACUUUGACACGAUCAGUCCGUGUGGGCUGUGGAGUUAUCUGUGUAUGCCUAAGCUCAUCGAAGAUGGAGAGUUUCCAUUCCCAGACGACGACUUGGACAAGUUGGUUCCAGGGAUACCGGGCAUGGAAGGUAUCAUCCGGCGCCGUGAUCUCCCCAACUUUUACCGAACUGACGACCUCAACAUCCCGAUAAUUCAACUAGUCCUCAAAGAGGCCAAGCACAUCCCCUUAGCUCAAGGCCUAAUUUUCAAUACCUUCCAAGAACUCGAGGCUCCCGUCUUAUCUCAGUUCCAAAACAUCUCCCCACAAAUCUAUGCCGUCGGGCCUCUCCACACCCACCUAAAAUCCCGAUCGCCGCCACCUCAAGACCGAUCGACAAGCAUCUGGAAAGAAGACAAGAGUUGCAUCUCCUGGCUCGAUUCGCAACCCUCGAAAUCCGUUCUCUUCGUCAGCAUUGGAAGCCUCGCCGUCGUGACCAAACGACAGCUCGUCGAGCUCUGGCACGGCCUCAUUAAUAGUGGGACAAGAUUCUUGUGGGUCCAAAGGCCUGACUCGGUUGUCGAAGACAACAUUCCGGAAUUCGACGAGAUUUCAUUAGAAUUAUUGAAAAAUACGAAGGAGAGGGGUUUUAUCGUUAAAUGGGCCCCACAAGAGGAGGUUUUAGCCCACCCGGCAGUGGGAGGAUUUUUUACGCAUAGUGGAUGGAAUUCGACUCUAGAAAGUAUCGUUGAGGGGAAACCGAUGAUCUGCUGGCCGUAUUUUGUCGACCAACAGGUGAACAGUAGAUUUGUGGAAGAGGUUUGGAAGUUGGGAUUGGACAUGAAGGAUAAGUGCGAUCGACGUGUAAUCGAGGGGAUGAUUAGGGAGCUUAUGGGGUCGAGGAAGGAGGAGUUCUCGGAGAAAGCCGAUGCGAUGGCAAAACUUGCUCGAAAAAGUGUUGGCCAUGGUGGAUCUUCAUUUCUUGCUUUGGAUUGUCUUGUUGAAGACAUCAAGUUCAUGAGGAUACCUAGGAAUUGAAUGUAGCAAAUUUACAAUGGAAAUUAAUUACGUUAGAGUGUUUUAUGGUUUGUUUGUUUGCUAUUUAAAUUUGAAAAAAUUACGUCGAUAAUAAAAAAAAUAAUAUUUUAUAUUGAAUGUUAACUUU